AUGGCAUGCAAGUUAACCGGGCUCGCAGCAGGGUUUACAUUGCAAGACGAAGCCCGCAGCACCGCUCAUCGCUCCUCACCCUGGAGCAGUGAUUCCAAACUACGCCACAGGCCGGUUGCCUUCAUCAAUACUGGAGCUGCAGAGCCUCUCAAACAACUAGAGAGCAUCUUGCAGAUUGACGAGGGGAAUUCUACAAGCAGACCUCAAGCGGAAAUCGAAGGACAAACCAUCACCGAUGGCCAAGCUGCUGCCGACACACCUUCCCACGAAUCUCAACCUGCUGUUUCGCUUGUCGAAGCUCACGUCCACGAGGCCGUGCCGGUCGAUAUUGCCGCCGAAAUGACGGAUGUCUCUCUAGACCCACGCGAGGUAGAGAAGGCUACGAUGUCCGGAGCGGAAGACAUCACUGGCGCUGAGGCUCCCAUCACACCUCUUCCCUUCUUCUUCGACGUCGUGGGAGAGACUCAACGGCUUGACGCAUUUGUCGAUCAAACUCCAACUCGUUCUCCAUCGCCUACGUCGUCCAACUCUAGCGAAGAUGUCAUUCUGUUCAGAGGUCGCAACAAGGUUCCCAGAGACAAGCAAAGUUCGAAGUCCAAGGCCAAAUCGAAGCUGAAUACUUUCAACCUGGGCGGCAUCUCUACCGAGAUCAACGUCCUGGAGAAGACCGUGAUAUCAAACAAAGACAGCAGCAGGGAUAUGCCUAUGAAGACUGUCGGAAACUCUACACAGAAAUCUCGUCGAAAUGCCGCCAAAGACUUGAAGCGACAGGAGGACGAUGAACUGAUUGCUGACUAUAUUGCCAACAUGAGGGAGUAUGGUGAAGACGAAGCCCUGAUGCCUGCCAAAGCCUAUUCUCGCCGUGACAUAGGCGGCUCUUUGAGCGAGUCUGAAGGCAUCGAUGACUCGUUCCAGACCGUCGUAGCCACGAGCAAGACCGAGGAGUUAUCAGGCGUCAACAGUGAAUCGGAACAUGCGACUGCAGGGGUUAGAAAAGCGCCUAAGGAAAGCGACGAGAAACCUGUCCAUAAUGCACAGAGGCGAUCCGAAAGGCGCAAAGUCAUACAAGAUGAUCAUGCACUAAGGGGAAUUUUUGAGACGGACGUUUCCUACCUGGCAUCACUCGAACAAUCUCUUGCUGAAGACGCAUCGCCGCCUUCUGACUCAAGCGACCAAGACGACGACGAUAUCUUCAGAUCAGCAGCAGAUAGAUUUGCGAAUGAGAUCGACGAUUUCGACUUCAUGGACUGGAGCCGCCCGGCGUUGAAGCCUAAGAGGAGCAAGGGUGCCAGGGGCAAGGUUCCCGUGUUUGACAUUUCGGACUCAGAGCUAGAGGGCAAGAUGCAAGCUGCGUGGAAGAACGAUCGCUUGAAAAAGGCUGAGAGGAAGAAAGAACGCCAAGCCAUGCGUAGUAUGGGAUUUCUCACACUACCGCCCAUGGACAACCAUGCUCGCAAGGUGAUUCACGAACUAGCCAGCAAAUUUAACAUCAAGUCCAAGUCCACAGGUUCGGGUGACCAAAGGCGACCCAUGCUCCACCGCACUUUCAGGACCGCCAAAUUUGCCGAUGAGAUCUUCGAUGUAGCAAUUGCUCGGGUCGGCCGCAAAUACUUCCCUCGCAACGAUACGGCAGUUCGGGCUGCCGUACAGAGGCAAUCGGCUCGUAGGGGAGGUGGUGGUGGACACGCGGGAGUCGCCUAUCGGGAUGGCGAGGUCGUCGGGGGUUCCGCGCCUGAGUUGAGCCAGGAAAACAAAGGUCGUGCAAUGCUCGAGAAAAUGGGCUGGAGUAGCGGUACGGCGCUGGGCGCGAUUAACAACAAGGGCAUUUUGCAGCCUGUCGCCCAUGUUGUCAAGCGUAGCAAGGCCGGGCUGGGAUAA